AUGCCAUCACUCAAAGGAAUCACCUGCAGCAUCGAUAUUGAUGGUGUCCGCGCCGAAGAGUUUGGUACUGAAGUCGAGGGCUCGACAGUCACUUGCAGUAUCGUUUCGCAGGAUGAUAAGCCAUUCAGUUUCAACUUUGAUUUCAGUAAAUCGACUGCGGAACGGCAUGAUUUUUCGAUAUACGCCGACGGGAGUAUUAUCAAAAAUGUUACUACAACGCAUACAACUGAGGUAGUAAGAAAAUCAGGUCUGAUCGUCAAUGGUCUCUUGGAGAGGCGGGAGAUGAGAUUCUCAAAACUUGAGACGAUUGACCAGAAGUUAGAUGAAAUGGAAACACGGGCAAAUGUUUUGCAAAAUAUAGGCACCCUCAAAGUAAAGAUCCACCGAGCAGAAAAACGAGCAACCAAAGGCAGGGGAAGCGAUCAUGACGAACUGAGUAUCAAGGACGUCCACGAAAAGUCCCUGAAAGGGAGAGCAGUUUCUCAUAGGACGUCACUUGGGGCCGCUGAUUACCAACCGCCAUCCUCUCUCAAAACUAAACGAUUAGAUCCUAGCGACCGUCCAUAUGUCGUAUUUACUUUCCGCUAUGCGAAGAAAUCAUACCUACAGAGCGAAGGUCUGAUCCCCCGUUCACCGUCCCCUGAGCUUUCAAUUAGGGGUGGGGAUAGGCAAACCAUCGACGAAAUGUCGCCUGAAGCGCUCCGUCGCGAGCUGCUUCGAUACAGAGCACGAGAUAAGGAUGAAAAGAAGGCUAUAAAACGAGAGCGAGCUUCAUCCAUGGCAACAAGGAACCCGGCGGCGGAUAGUGGCAGCGACGAUGACGAGGUCGUUUUUCAAUCAGAACGCAGUCUGAAGAAACAAAAGGUCACUGAGGUGAUUGAUCUGCUUUCCGACGACUAA